AGUUAUUUUGAAACACUAAAGAAUCUCAACACCAUCGUCACCUCUUUAACAAACAAAGUACUUGGUAUCUCGUUAGGUUUGCAACCAGAGUGAGUAUGGCGAAUUCCACUUCUUCAGAAAUCAUUUCCAAUGGCAGACAAAGCAAUUCGAUUGAAGAAUAUACAAGUAUAGAAGAUCGUUUAAGCUCACUUUCAAACCCAAUUCUCAUCAAAAUCCUCUCUCAUCUCCCAAUUUUAGACGCUAUUAAAACCUCCCAAUUAUCUCGCCGAUGGCGAAACGUCUGGAAGGGAGUCACCACCUUCGAAUUCCAUACUCGCACUAUGAAGUUCGAAAAUGCUGCUUCUCUUCUGUUAUUGCUCACCUCGCCCACUAUUCGCGUCUUCAAGUAUUCUUACGGCCAUUCUACGGACUAUCCUUACUGGAAAUUUCGAUCAGCUGAACAUUGCUAUCUUUCGCUCAUUCGUCGGAAUAUUGAGGUAAUUCAAAUAACAUCAAACAAUGAUGAUCCUAUACUCGUACCUGUACCUGAUUGUGUCUUUAAUUGUGAAUCUUUGGUAGAUUUGGAUUUGAGUGCUUGUCUUGAUUGGACGUUGAAAUUGGAUGAGGUUAACGAUUUACCCUCUAAUGGAACUGCUAUCAAUCUUCCUAAUUUGAAGAAACUUAGUUUGCGUGUCAAUGACAUCGACUAUUGUUUGUUGAGGACACUUGUUAAGUUUUGCCCUGUGUUGGAAGAUUUGUGUUUGAAAUUGGAUUUGUCUAAUCAUAAUGUUCCUUUAGAAAUAGUUUCGCCGAAUUUGAAGUCCUUGGAUAUAGACAUGACAGUGCCAGCAAAAUGCAGUGAUACUGUUAUUGAUGCACCCAAUUUGGCCAAGCUUAAGAUUCGUGAUCCGUGUUCGUAUUAUAGGUUCAAAACGAUUCCAGCUUCAUUAGUUGAAGCUUCUAUUAACUUUAGGUGUUUCGAGGAUGGUGAAGAAGUAAUGGAUUGGUCGGUUCAGGAUCAUGCUCGUGUCUCAUCGAAGUUUAUUCGAGGGAUGUCUAGUGUUAGGUACCUUAAACUACAUACCUAUCCCAAUAUGCAUACAUACUUUGGUUCCGAAGAUGAUGAGGUUAUGCCUGUGUUUCAUAAUCUAACCUUUUUCAAAACGACGAUGGACACUCAUGAAGUUUGGGGGAAUUUGCUCUGUACUUUACAUUGCUUUCCUAACUUAAAGCACCUUGAAUUGAAGAUGGAUGAUUUUCACAUUUCACGGCGAAGGUUUUGGUGUGCGCCAAUUGUGUUACCAGAUUGUUUGUUCACUAAGCUCAAGAGGAUCACAAUGAAGAACUUUAAAGGAACUAAUGAUGAGAUUAAGUUGGUGGAGUUUAUCUUGGAUCAUGCCAAGGUGUUGGGUGAGCUUCACAUUCAUGCUCCUACUAUUAUUAAACAAUUCAAACAGACUCAGCUAUGGGAAGAAUGUAAGUCCUGUCACGCUUUGUUCAAGCUUUCAAAGAGAUUUGUAACCUGCAAGAUUGUGUUCUCUGGUGUUUAUAUCAAUGCAUCAAGUAAUGCAUAUAAGAAAGGACUAAUUGGGUGUCAAAUUCGUUGUGCUGAAAAGCUGGUAGAUUGUGAGUAUUAUGCUAUGUUUAGGUAGGAAGAAGUAGAGGGAGAGGCAGAGAAUAGGUGAGGAUAUUAAAUUUUCUACUGUAUUGCUUUCUAAAUGAAGAUUAAGUUUUAAUUCUUAUGGGACUGGAUUGUAUUUGACUUGCUUUAAAUUUGUUCCAUUAGAUUUGAUCAUUGUAUUCCUUAUAAUAGUUACGAAGCAUUUCUUUUACCAAUGAUGUCUUGGCCUAGUGGUUAAGAUUGAGGUGCUGUGAACGAUGGGUCACAAGUUCGAAUCCCCCCUCCCCUUCUUUGUACUUUGUAUCGCCUUCGUGGCUCAUAUGGAUCAAAAGAAAAAAAAAGUAUUUCUUUUCCCUAUUAAGUUAUUUUGUAUCAUUGGUCCAUAAGAAUCCAAUGUUUUACAUUUCUUGCUUAUGGAAUCCUGUAAUUAAUUAGUUU